GUGCGGGUACAGUUGGCUCCACUCCAUGUUCCAUGGGUUGCAGAUCGGGCACCCUACAACCAGCCCAUCGACGACCAUGACACCAACCCAGAGGAGCACGAGGGCCAAGAGGACCAGGCCAACUACGAGGACCAUGCUGGCCACGACCAAGAGGACCAGGCCGACUACGAGGACCAUGCUGGCCACGACCAAGACAACCAGGGCCACACGGAGGAGGAGGGCCAGACGGAGCACCAAGACGACCAGGGUGACGAGGAGACCUUCCCCCGCCCAACUUGGCCAGACUGGGCGGUCAUGGACUUCUACCAUGCCCUGCAGGAGAACCAGCAGCCCACGGAGGAGCCCACGGAGGAGCCCACGGACGAGCCCACGGAGUCCAGCUUCCCACACAGCCCAUGA